GCUGUGCUUUCACAGCUGGAUGCAGCGGAUGAUCCACAGGCGGAGCACCAGGAGAAGGAGGUGGGCUCUGAAGACGAGGCCAGCAGUCCCAGCUCCGAGAUCCUGCGAUCUCUGGCUCAGAAGGCAAGCGCUGUUGAGAAGCGUCAUGAGCUCGAGGACCAAGAUGCCGAGGAAGAUGAGGGCUUCCCUUGCCACGAGGCCGCGCGAUUCCACUUUCUGAUGGUUCCCGAGGAGCAGGCGGCGAAGCCCAUUGUUGAGGCUGAGGCGAUAGCUGAGGCCAGCAUGGCUGACUGCAGCUUCGCAGCUUCAUCCGCUGCAGAGGAGGAGUCUGGUGACGUGGCUGGUGAAGCAGAACUCCAGUCAGUGCUGCUGGAGGCGUUCCUUAAUGCCCCACCAGAGCAGAUUCAUGGCAGCUGGAGAGGUGACAGCGUCUCUCCACGCAGCAGGGAUCGGUCUGCCAAGCUGUGGCGCCAGAUCAGGGCGCACCCGCUCCCGCCGCCAGAUCCUGAGGAUAACUAUGAGCUGUCCUCUCAGGGCGAGGUCUUCGACAUGGAAGAGGCAGAAGCCGAGCUGCACUUGGAACAUCUCCGCGCGGCGAAGAACAGUCCAAGGUGGUGCGAGAACUACUUGGACAUGGUGCGUGACCAGCAACAUUGGGAUCCGGACGAUGUGUUCGGCACGAGUGUGCCAGAAUGCAACCUCGACGAGAUCUUACCGGACAAGCUCUAUCUGGCACAGAAGCUGAAUCGUUCCUACAAGAAGCGGCGAGGGUCUUCAGGAAACUGGAAGAAAGAUCACCUUAAGAAUGAGGACCUCUUGGACUACCGGGAAAAGAUGGGCUACAGCAAGGUUUGGCUUCUGGACUUCGAGGCGCUGGCCGAACAUGCCUUGGCCUGUCGUGCAGGAGAAUCAUCUCCACAGAAUUCCCGAAACGAGCCAGCGACAUCUUCGCAAGCUGCCCCUCCAGGUUUCGAUCAUGCACGUGAUGACAGGGAGCCGGGAGCUGUUUCGCCAGCUGCUCGUCAAGGCGACUCGUCUCCACAGAGUGCCCGAAGCACAUCACCACAGAGUGCCCGAAACGAGCCGGCGACAUCUUCGCAAGCUGCCCUUCCAGGUGCACAUGACAUCGAGCCAACAACUGUUUCGCGAACCGCUCUUCAAGGUGACAUAUCGCGGAGAAGUGCAGGAAGCGAGCCUGCAAGUUCUUCGCAAGCUGCCCACAGAGGUGCUGAAUCUCCGGAGCAUGAUGAUUGCGCAUCACCAGUUGCUCCACAGGGCGGAAAGUCGGCGCGCGCAAGCGAGCCGGCACCAGCCUCACAAGCUGAGACCGCCACGACGAAUUUGGGCAGAAUGUUCGAAUCUGUUCAGAAAUGGUGGAAGAGAGAUUCUCGAUAA